AAGUGAUCGGUUUAUUUAAAAUUCUCGUACAAUGCUUAGCAAAUUCUACAUUGAUAAAGCAAAAAGUGAACUCCGUGAAGAUGAGACUAGAAAAAGUCAAUCGCUUGCACAAUUUCGUGAAUGGAUUUCGAAGCAUCCAUUUUUGAGUGAAGCCCGCAAAGACGAAAGUUACCUUCUGCAGUUUCUUCGCUCUCGCAAGUAUAACAUGGACGAAGCUUUUCAGCUGUUCGAGAGAAUUUAUCUUUCGAGAAAACGAUAUCCAAAGUUUUUUGAUAUCGAUCAAGAGGUUGUUGAGAAGGCGUACGACUUAUAUGAAGCGGGUUAUUGUUAUCCAUUAUCUGGACGAACGAAAGAUGGUCAGAGAGUUGUGUUAAUUCAAACGAAAAAGUUAGACACGGAGAAAUUUACAAUUUUUGACGGUUCGAGACUUCUUUGCUUCGUAAUUCAAGCACUGUUAGAAGAAGAAGAAACACAAAUUGCUGGCAUAAUUCUUGUGUUUGAUCAUAGUGGAGCUAAUAUAAAACAUCUUAUGUUACCGAUGGAUUUCCGUGACUUCAUGGAUCUCUCUUUGAAAUGUUCAAUGUAUCGACAAAAAGGAUUCUACAUUUUGAAUAUUCCAACAUUCGGUCAGAUUUUAUUUGAUAUUUUCAAAUCAGUUUUAAGUGAGAAAUUAAGAAAUCGAAUUCAUACUUUGAAACCUGAUGAUCUUAAGAAUCACAUCGAUCCCGAAAUGCUGCCUGUAGAAUAUGGUGGCGUUAAGAAUGAAGAAGAAAUGAAGGAAGAAUUCAAGAAAGUUAGAGAUGAAAAGAAGGAAAUUUGGGAUCAUUUGCUUCACUUUGAAGUUGACUGGAGUAAAGUUCCCAAAGAGAAAAUUUGGUCUAACUCUGAAGAAGAAACUGUUGGAAGCUUCCGAAAGCUUGAAAUUGAUUGA